AUGGUUAACUUUAACUAUCUGUCUAGCCCCAUAAAUCCUAUGAAUCUCUAUAUGGAGCAACUUCCUGAGUUCAUGUUUGAAAAAAAUUACGUGGAAGAAAUAAAAGAUGAGGAAGUUUGUGACACGGUAAACCAAAUUAUCUAUCGGAUGGAUGCUACACUUUUGGGCUAUAUCCUUGGAGACUAUGCUUUUAGGGAUCAUAAAGUGAUAUCUCCAACGAAACCUCAAGAGAAUAUAUUGACACUCAAAGAGUAUUUAAUCGAGCCUUCCUGCUCAGCUUUAAUUCCCGUUGGGUUGUCGUUAAAUGUUGGUGUGCAGCUUCCAGACGUAUGGUGUCCAGCGAAACACGAAAUGGAUUACGACGUCCGCACUGACCUAGUCGUUUGUAAGGAAGACAAUGUGUAUUGUGCAAUAGAAACACAAGCCUUUCCCAUGUUACUGCAGCUUAAAGACAAGUCGCUUAAAGAUAUAGGAAAGGUUAUUUUUAAAGAAAAAAAAAUUACGGAAUAUAUGACGCAACUAAUCUGCAAGAUGCUUUAUUUCAAAACUAACAAAGGAAUCCUCACUGACUGUUACACGUUCAUAUUUGUGGAGAUAGACCUUGAUUCAUUCGAGAGUAGUGUUCAUACUUUUAAAGAAAGAAAUUACAAUCGUAAUCCGAAGACAAUUCCCAUCAGAUACAAAGUCCUCAAUUGCCAUUCAGCUCUACCGAGUUUGCGAGAAGCUCUAUUAUACUUUAUCCAUAAUUCUGUUGAAGAUGAUUCAAGAAUGAAAAUUAGGAAAGAAAGAGUUGGUAGAUUGGAAGCACAUCUAAAGUUGUCCGGAAGGGAAGUUACGAAAGGUAUUCUAAACAACAAGAGCUUUGAGCCAUCAAAAAGUUCAAUUAGUCGUUCAUCUAUGAAUGGAGGAAUUCCAAACAAGGUUGUUCAAGAGAAAGAUGAAGAAAUCGAAGAUGGAAUAAUUGAUGUGCCGAAAAAUCACGGCUCCAUAUAUGUACAAAAUGGACAUAGCUUCAAUACGCAAUUGGUCAAACUAAAAUCGAGAUAUUUUAAAAAAUUCUUAUUACAGGAUUCCGAUGACAAUGAAACACUAGUUGCCAAGAUAUAUGACCCCAGGAUGGCUAAGAGGGUAGGCAGUGGAUAUAUAUAUACAGACAAGGAAAUAAGAGAAAAGUGCGAUCACUGGUACUCUAGAGAGAAAGAAUUUUAUCAAAUCUUGUCUAAGGAUGUUGAAUUUAACAGUUUGUUCGUUAAUCAAAAGGUACUGGGGCAAGUAAUGGUCACAAUAGACAAACUUUAUAUAGCCAAAGGAUACUUCAAUUUAUUUAAAUAUGUUGAAAGUGUUCCCUUGCCAAAUAACAUUGAAACAUACAAAAAAGUCAAGAAGCAAUUAGAUGUUAUUCACCACAAUGGUAUUAUUCAUGGAAAUAUUAGAAGAAGGAAUAUUCUUUACACAAAGGACGACAAGAUAUACAUUAUUGAUUUUGCAACUUCCAAGUAUUCUGGUGAAGAGCGAUAUGCACUGCGGAAAGAGGAUUUGAAAGAUUUAAGGCUGCUAUUUUACGACUGCAUUUCCCUGAACAAAUAA